AGUUUUAGUAAAAAAAUUCGUAGCUUGACAUAUGUCAAAAUUUAUUUAUUGAAAUUUUUUCUUCUCUGGUUUGAGAUUUUUCUUUUCUACAUGCGAGAUCCACAACAAAUUUCAUUCACAGACGCGAAACAUAUGGAACUAAGAAGCAAAAUCGUUUCUAUGCAUCAAAGCUCGUCUGUGAUUGGUUGAUUGAUUUAGCCGCCAUUAUAUGAAAUUGCACAGUUUUGAUGAAAUAAUCUGGCUACAACAUACUGAUAUAUAUUCACAAAAUGCAGAUGCAUCGACCACAAAUGGUAAUACAUCUGCUGCAAGUACGGCGAUUGUCAGUAGACCUACAAGAUUUACAAUGGAAGGUGUUGGCGCACGAGUGAUUCGAGGACCAGACUGGAAAUGGGGCAAACAGGAUGGUGGUGAUGGUCAUGUGGGAACUGUUCGAAAUUUCGAAUCAUCAGAAGAAGUGGUUGUUGUCUGGGACAAUGGAACAGCUGCCAAUUAUAGAUGCGCUGGUGCAUACGAUUUACGUAUUUUAGAUAGCGCUCCCACUGGCAUCAAACAUGAAGGAACAAUGUGUGAUACAUGUCGUCAGCAGCCCAUAUUCGGUAUAAGAUGGAAGUGUGGUGAAUGUUCGAAUUAUGAUUUGUGCUCAAUAUGUUAUCAUAGUGAUAAGCAUCAUUUAAGACAUCGUUUUUAUCGAAUUUCAACUCCUGGCGGUGAAAGAACAAUCUUGGAGCCACGGCGAAAAUCCAAAAAAAUUUCUGUCCGUGGUAUAUUUCCGGGUGCGAGAGUUGUACGCGGUGUAGAUUGGCAAUGGGAAGAUCAAGAUGGUGGAAAUGGCCGACGCGGCAAAGUGAAUGAAAUUCAAGAUUGGUCAGCGGCAAGUCCUCGUUCAGCUGCAUAUGUGGUAUGGGAUAAUGGUGCAAAGAAUCUAUAUCGUGUUGGUUUUGAAGGUAUGGCAGAUUUGAAAGUUGUGAAUGAUGCCAAGGGCACAACUGUAUAUCGAGAUCAUUUACCGUUACUCGGUGAAAAUGGUCCUGGGAAAGGACCAGGAAAUUUUCAAAUUGGCGAUCAAGUUUCAGUUGACUUGGAAUUGGAAAUUGUACAGAGUCUACAGCAUGGCCACGGUGGCUGGACCGAUGGAAUGUUCGAAUGUUUGAGUAAUGCUGGAACCGUGGUGGGAAUUGAUGAAGAUCACGACAUUGUUGUUGCUUAUCCUAGUACAAAUCGUUGGACAUUCAAUCCAGCCGUUCUUACAAAAAUUGCAUCCGAUCGUGAUGGCAGUUCACAACAAUUUGCUGUUGGAGAUUUUGUAAAAAUUUGCCACGAUCUGGAGCGCAUUAAAAUUUUACAGCGUGGUCAUGGUGAAUGGGCAGAAGCUAUGAUUCCCACAUUAGGCAAAGUGGGCAGAGUACAACAGGUUUAUCAAGAUAACGACUUGAAAAUUGAAGUAUGUAAUACAUCGUGGACAUACAAUCCAUUGGCAGUAACAAAAGUCGCUUCAGCUGCCGAUGGUACUGUACCGGUUACAUCUAGUGGAGAACGAUUGUCAGCGAUUUUGAAGAAGCUAUUUGAACCACAUGUAUCCGGCGACAUAACUGAAGAAUUGGUUAAAGCAGCAGCAAGUGGAAAUACACAACGAUGUCAGGAAUUCCUUUCUGGAUGUCAUGGAGGCACAAACGGACAAUCAGCCGAUGUGAAUGGCGUAUUUGCUGGACACACAGCAUUGCAAGCCGGUAGUCAAAAUGGACACUUGGAUGUUAUACAAACUUUGUUGAACUAUAAUGCUGAUAUUGAAAUUGAAGACAAAGAUGGCGAUCGAGCCGUUCAUCAUGCGGCAUUCGGUGAUGAACCAGCUGUACUUGAACUCUUAGUCAAAGCUGGUGGUGAUUUGAAUGCGCGAAACAAACGACGUCAAACUGCUUUACAUAUUGCGAUAAAUAAAGGUCAUUUUAAUGUAGUAAAAACAUUACUUGAGCUUAAUUGUCAUCCGAGCCUGCAAGAUUCGGAAGGCGACACACCACUACAUGAUGCUAUAUCCAAAGAACAAGAUGAAAUGCUAUCACUGCUAUUGGACUAUGGUGCCGAUAUUACGUUGACAAAUAACAACGGUUUCAACGCAUUACAUCAUUGUGCACUUAAAGGAAAUCCAAGCGCAAUGAAAAUAUUGCUAUUAAAAACGAAUCGACCUUGGAUUGUUGAGGAAAAGAAAGAUGAUGGCUACACCGCAUUGCAUUUGGCUUGUUUAAAUAAUCAUGUGGAAAUUGCCGAAUUAUUGGUGCAUAUGGGUAAAACUUAAGAUAUAAUAUGUAAUUUCUAUCGACUGUUGAUGAUAUCACUGUCCUAGUUGAAAAAAACGACAGAGAUGGGACUAGUCAUUCUUACUUAAUUCGGGGCCAAGGAAUCCAAUGGUGCUAGCCAUUUUGCUUGGUUGGCUCAUGACUUCAUACAAAUUUUUUUUCGAAGUUUUGAUUUUGGGCUAUUCUGAAAAAUGAUAUGUUGACUAAUUGAUUUUUGUAAAAAUCGGUAUUGGGGGGUUUUUUGGCACGAAAAAACCGAAUUUCGCAUCCAUUUUGCGAUACGAUAAUAUUUGGAUACACUUUCAGUACAAAAAAUCGAAAAAAUCGAAAUAG